UCAUUGAUGAAAUUGUGCAAUAUUGUUCUAGUUUGGAAUUUCUUGGCAUACAGUUGACAAAUGUUAGUAAAGAUGCAUUGAGCAAACUUAAUCCAAAAAUUAAGAUAAAGCGGGAUUCAGUACUUGAAAUGGGGCCAGAAAAAGAACUUAAUGAUCUUUGGGUAACACUAGUCAAUUUAAUACAGUAUUUAUGGUUAACUUAUGCGAAUCUCGAAAAUAUUGUACAAUACUGCGAAGACAAGAUUAAAGAUGAACAUUAUUAA